AGAUUAACGUCAUGUCUGUACAGGGUCCCUGUUGCAGUAGACGGAGCCCUGGCUUUAGAGUCAGAGAGAACUGGGUUUAAAUCCAGGUUCCAGGACAACAAGGCUGUGUGGCCUUCAGGAAGUACCUCAAUCUCUGCAAGCCUGCAUUUCCCUCCUCUGCAACACAGGGACAGUAAUUCUCCUGCAGCAGGGUGGCCAUGAGAGUCAGAGAUCAUACAGCAGGUGCUCAAGUCUUGUUUCUGUCCUAGUGGCACCAAUGGAGGGUUUCUGAGCAUGAAUGCAACGGUCACAGCUUCGGGGAUAUCACUAACGCCAAUCAAUAGAAGUGACCAGGCCACUCCUCAAAACGAAACAAUGAGGACACUGAUUCCAAUCUUCCUGGUGACCAUCAUAGCCCAGGUGGGGCUGGCAGGAAACGUGGUUGUGCUAUGGCUCCUGGGCUUCCGCAUGCGGAGGAACGCCAUCUCUGUUUACAUCCUCAACCUGGCGGGAGCCGACUUCCUCCUCCUCUGCUGCCAGAUUGCACUUUCCCUGUUUGUACUCAAGGACUACUUCCAAUCCGUCCCCAUUUCUCUUCCCAGCUUUUUCAACCCUGUGUUCAACUUUGCCUACAUCACCAGCAUGAGCUUUCUCAGCACCAUUAGCACUGAGCGCUGCCUGUCUGUCCUGUGGCCCAUCUGGUACCGCUGCCAUCGCCCCAGACACAUGUCAGCUGUCAUGUGUGCCCUGCUCUGGGUCCUGUCCCUGCUGCUGAUCAUCCUGGAAAGGAUCUACUGUGACUUCCUUUUUAGCCAUUUAUAUGAGGUCUGGUGUAAAGUAUUUGAUUUCAUCACUGCUGGGUGGCUGAUUUUCUUAUGUGUGCUUCUCUCAGUGUCCAGCCUGGCCCUGGUGACCAGACUGCUGUGUGGCUCCCAGCGGGUGCAGCCAACCAGGCUGUAUGUGACCGUCCUGCUCACAGUGCUGGUCUUUCUCCUCUGCGGCCUGCCCUGGGGCAUCUGCUGGUUCCUCAUGUUCUGGAUUAAGAGUCAUUCAGAUGAGUCCUCCCAUCUGGUUAAUAAGGUUGCAUUUGUCCUCUCCUGUGUCAACAGCUGCGCCAACCCCAUCAUUUACUUCUUGGUUGGCUCGUUCAGGCAGCGAUGGAGGAAGAGAAGGCAGACCCUGAAGCUGGUUCUCCAGAGGGCUCUGCAGGACACUCCAGAGGGGGAUGAACAUGGAGGACGUCCUCCUCAGGAAACCCUGGAGAUGUCUGGCAGGAUUCUGGCGUCCUGA